AUGUCUGACGCAGAUUAUGACACGAUCGCGAAGCUCCAGCGCGAGCGAGCUACUGGCAAGAAAAGUUCGCGCGCGCUGGAUGCGUCAUCUCAACGCACCGACGACAGAAGGCAGAAGCUCACGGACAGCGCGGAUAAUGAGUUGUAUGAGCGUGAUGGGGGCGAUAAAUUUGCAGGAUACCAUACAUCCCUCCCGAUGGGGGAUGAUGAUGAGGAUAUGGACGAGGACAACACCAGGAGACUUGUGGGCCAGUAUACGGCAUCGCGAGACAUGAUUGAUGAGUUUGCCAGGGGUAGCGGGGUUGAAGAAGAUGAUAUUCUAGCAGGAAAAGGCGAAAAGAGCGGGCGCAUCACCGAUCGCGAGACCGACUAUCAAAAACGUCGCUUUAACCGAGUCCUGACUCCUACGAGAGCCGAUCCUUUCGCGGAGAACCGACAGGCCGGCGCUGCCGAAAAUGGCGCCACCUACCGGGAAAUAAUGGAGGCUCGCGAACUGGAGAAGGAGGAGGAACGCGUUCGACAGGCUAUCCAAGCCAAGAUGAACGGCGGCGAACAUGAUGCCGACGCUCAACCGACCCUGAAAGACGUGGACAAAGAGAACGCGGAGGCUGGAUCCACUGAAGCUGUUGCUGCAGGACGAAAGCGCAAGAAGAGAUGGGAUGUAUCCUCUACUGCGGCCGAAGAACAAACCCAGGAUAAAUCUGAAGAGGCGAAGCCAAAGCGCUCAAGAUGGGAUCAGGCGCCAUCUAUUGCAGGCGCAGAGGCUGUCAAGAAGCGCUCACGUUGGGACCAAGCUCCCACAGCGACGCCAAUGGGUAACCAAGGACUGGCAACCCCAAUGCAUCCAACACAAACUCCUGGUGCUUUGCCACCAACCUUUGGAACUGAUGUUUCUGCCCGAAAUCUCCCGCUCAGCGACGAGGAGCUGGACAUGUUGCUCCCGGGUGAAAAUGAAGGAUACAAGAUUUUGGAGCCACCCCCUGGAUAUGAACCUAUUCGCGCUCCGGCACAUAAGCUCAUGGCAACCCCGGCCCCUGCAACGGGGUUCAUGAUGCAGGAUCCAGAUCAAGUGCGGCUGGGAGGAAAGCCGGUACCAGCGGAGCUUUCUGGUGUAGGAGAUUUACAGUUUCUCAAGCCAGAGGAUAUGGCAUACUUCGGCAAGCUCAACGAUGGAGCGGAUGAGAAUGCCAUGUCCGUGGAAGAGCUAAAGGAGCGCAAAAUCAUGAGACUCUUGCUCAAAAUCAAGAACGGAACACCGCCUAUGAGAAAGACGGCCCUUCGACAAAUUACAGACAAUGCCAGGAACUUUGGUGCUGGAGCAUUGUUUGCUCAGAUUUUACCCCUCCUCAUGGAGAAGUCACUAGAGGAUCAAGAGCGACAUCUUUUGGUCAAGGUUAUUGACCGAAUUCUCUACAAGUUGGACGACUUAGUUCGACCCUACGUUCACAGAAUUCUCGUCGUCAUUGAGCCACUGCUCAUUGACCAAGACUAUUACGCUCGAGUUGAAGGUCGUGAGAUUAUUUCCAAUGUCGCCAAAGCCGCUGGUCUUGCCACCAUGAUCAGCGUGAUGCGGCCCGAUAUUGACCACCCUGAUGAAUACGUUCGAAAUACAACCGCUAGAGCGUUCGCAGUUGUGGCGUCUGCUCUGACCAUCCCAGCUUUGCUACCAUUCCUGCGAGCUGUCUGCCGAAGCAAGAAAUCAUGGCACGCUAGACAUACCGGUGUCAAGAUUGUCCAGCAAAUUGCCAUUCUAAUGGGUUGCGCUGUUCUGCCUCAUCUCAAAGGACUUGUUGAGUGCAUCGCCCCCAACUUGAACGAUGAGCAGACCAAAGUCAGAACCGUGACUAGUUUGGCCAUUGCUGCUUUGGCAGAGGCGUCCAACCCAUAUGGUAUUGAAAGCUUCGAUGAUAUUUUGAACCCUCUUUGGACAGGUGCUCGCAAGCAGCGCGGCAAGGGCCUUGCCGGUUUCCUCAAGGCCGUUGGAUACAUCAUUCCUCUCAUGGAUGAAGAGUAUGCCAAUUACUACACAAGUCAGAUCAUGGAGAUCCUGUUGCGAGAAUUCUCUUCUCCAGACGAGGAGAUGAAGAAAGUCGUCCUGAAGGUUGUGUCCCAGUGUGCAGGCACGGAAGGCGUUACUGCAGGCUAUCUCAAGGAACACGUCCUCGACGAAUUCUUCAAGAGCUUUUGGGUUAGGCGAAUGGCCCUCGACAAGCGCAAUUAUAAACAAGUUGUAGAAACUACUUUUGAUAUUGGACAAAAAGUCGGCGUCAGCGAGAUUCUAGAGAGAAUCGUCAACAAUCUCAAGGACGAAAGUGAGGCGUACCGCAAAAUGACGGUCGAAACCACGGAGAAGAUUGUAGCGAGUCUCGGCGCUGCUGAUAUUGGUGAGCGCCUUGAGGAAAGACUUGUAGACGGUAUCCUGCACGCAUUCCAGGAACAGAGCGUUGAAGACGUUGUUAUGCUCAACGGUUUCGGCUCUGUGGUCAACGCUCUAGGGACACGAUGCAAGCCGUAUCUGCCUCAGAUUGUUGGCACCAUUCGCUGGAGGUUGAACAACAAGUCUGCCACUGUGCGGCAACAGGCGGCCGAUCUCAUCUCGCGAAUCGCCAUGGUUAUGCAGCAGUGUGGUGAAGACGCCCUCAUGGGAGAGCUCGGCAUCAUUCUGUACGAGUACCUCGGUGAAGAGUAUCCCGAAGUCCUUGGAUCCAUCUUGGGCGCUCUGCGAUCCAUCGUCACAGUCGUGGGUAUCAGUCAAAUGCAGCCUCCCAUCAAGGACCUGCUGCCUCGUCUGACGCCCAUUCUCCGCAAUCGCCACGAAAAGGUCCAGGAAAACACCAUCGAUCUGGUGGGACGUAUUGCGGAUCGUGGGCCAGAGAGCGUCAACGCGCGUGAAUGGAUGCGAAUCUGCUUCGAACUGCUGGACAUGCUCAAAGCUCACAAGAAGGGUAUCCGGCGAGCAGCCAACAACACCUUUGGUUUCAUCGCCAAAGCCAUUGGUCCCCAAGAUGUCCUUGCAACACUAUUAAACAACCUUCGUGUCCAGGAGCGUCAAUCCCGAGUCAACACCGCCGUCGCAAUCGGUAUUGUCGCAGAGACUUGUGCCCCGUUCACAGUCCUCCCAGCCCUCAUGAACGAGUACCGCGUCCCGGAGCUCAACGUCCAAAACGGCGUGCUCAAAUCCCUCUCCUUCCUGUUCGAAUAUAUUGGCGAAAUGGCAAAGGAUUACGUCUACGCCGUGACACCGCUCCUUGAAGAUGCCCUCAUCGACAGAGACCAAGUCCACCGACAAACCGCCGCCUCUGUCGUCAAACACAUUGCCCUCGGCGUAAUCGGACUCGGCUGCGAAGACGCCAUGGUCCAUCUCCUCAACCUCCUCUUCCCCAAUCUCUUCGAAACGAGUCCCCACGUCAUCGACCGUAUUAUCGAAGCUGUCGAAGCUAUCAGAAUGGCCGUCGGGCCAGGCGUCGUCCUCAACUACGUCUGGGCAGGUCUCUUCCAUCCUGCCCGCAAGGUCCGCACACCCUACUGGAGGCUCUACAACGAUGCCUAUGUCCAGGGCGCGGAUGCCAUGGUCCCCUAUUACCCGAAUUUGGAUGAGGAGAAGAUUGAUAGACCGGAAUUGGCGAUUGUCCUGUAA